AUGUAUUGUCAACAGCAUCUUAUCGCUCUCCUUUAUGCUUUCCUUGGGCCUUUCGUCAACAACACAGAAAGUCCGGGACUGGCGCCAGACAAGUCCCUUGGCAAUCAAACCUACGAGCUCGAAUAUUGCAAGCAGGCACUGGCCACCUUUAGCGGGCUCAACUUCUCGGAUGCUGAAGUGGAUGAGCUUGCAUAUGCGGUUUCUCUGGGUCGGCGACUGUAUUGGACUGACGCAGGAGCAAUACCUGGCCGAAAUAUGUCAAUACACUCGAGAAGCUCGGAAGACGAGGUUCAAUCAGUUCUGAAUCUGACGGUGACCCUGACGAUUCCAGGGGGGCAAGGAGCGAGAAUGCGACUGUGGAAGAGGUUAUUGACGCGACCUCAUGACACCCCGGAAGCUCCCAUAACGCUCGGGGAAAUAAUAGUACUCAAUUCUCGCCUGGAGCACAGCGAUCCGCAGUGUGAACGUCGCAGCAAAAUAUGGAACGGUCAACCAGAGGCAGCUUCAGGAUCGGGCUCGGAGUCAGCAUCUCAACGUGGAAAGGCACGAACUGAGAGACGAAAAUCAGAAAAUACCCUUGGCUUCCAGAGUGGCUCAGAAGGCCGUGUCCACACUCAUGAUAACAACGACCCCGUCCGGAAAAAUUCCUACAGUCGUCGCAGUAGAUGUGUGGACACUUUUUGCGAAGGGUUCGAUUUGAAGAAGACUUGUGCACCAGAGGGUAAAACUCCGACUAAAGACGAGAUCUGCACCCUAUGUUAUCCAGAAAGAAACCUUGCAGUCAUUGAGAAACACUGCUCGAAGCAGGAGGUUAGCGGACGCAAAGCCUUCUACAGUGUCUGCGUGUUACUCGGCUGCUUUAUCGUGGUAGCUACUCUUCUGUAUCUGCUGCGAAGCUUCUGCAGACGAGUGCAGAGGCGAUACCAGAUAUUUCGGGGUCUAUGUAGUGCCCAGACUUCUCGAAGUCCUGCCACGAAAUCGAGGUUUUCCACGGGUUUCCAAGUCGACUCUCUACCGGCUCUCUUCCCUGGAUUUUCCUCGCCCACCAAGCUAGAAGUAUUGCAGAGGGAAAACGAGACUGGAGCGGACGAUGCCAGUGAUCCCACGUCGCCUUUCUUCACACUGAAACAGAAAUGGCGUCAACUCCGUGCGUUUCGAAGAGACUUUCGCGGAAGAAUUCAAGAUGUCUUCGACAUAGAGUCCCUCGAUACAAAACAUGCGAAAGGCGUACAAUCCGCUCAUAAAAUUCCAGUUCUCCCUCGAGCGCCCAAUGCAAGUAUCCGAAGGCACUGUAGAGAGGUAAAGUCCAAGACGCCACCGGACUUCUUCAGGGGCGACGGGACCGAGAUCAGGAACGAUGGGUCGGUCACAAGCCCUUGUCAGAAAGUCACAGAGGCCGAGAGAUUUCUCGACGAAUUUGCCUUUUGA